AUGACACCCAAAAAGACCACGUCCGCCGCGAUGUUGGCCGGCCUCAAAAAGGCGCGCGCCGCCCGCGCGCGCAACCGCAAAGUCGCUGCCGCCCGAAAGGGCAAUAGUUCAGGUCUCGUCGCUGCCCGAGAAGGCAACAGUCCAAGUCCCGCCUCGGCGGAGAAAGUCGCCGCCGGGCGUAAAUCGGUUGCUCGAAAGAGCAAGAAGAAGGCAGUCCAGCCUGUCGGGCCUCGUGCCAAGCCUGGUUUGAAGGGUGAGGAGAGCCUCGCCUCCGCCGCCGUUCGCCGCACCCGUGCCGCUGUCGCCGUCGUCAUUCUCGACGACACCGACGACGAGGACGAAGACAGCCAAGACGAGAACGACGAGGAGGGAGCUGCCGAGGGCAGCGACGACGAAGAAGAGAGAGCUGCCGAGGGCGGCGACGAAGACGACGAGGGAGAGGAGGAGAGUGAGGGGGAGGAGGACGACGAGAGUCAGGAAGACAACGAGGAAGAGGAUGACGGGGCCCGCUUCGGGCUGACGCGUGCGGGACGCAUUGCCCGCACGAAGACGCUCGCUUGCGAGCUCGUCUGCGAGCUCAUCGACCUGUGGGCCUAA